AUGCAAGAAUCUGCUUCUGUCAGCUUGCUCUCGAGCAGUGUGACGACCGCUUCUCUUGAGAGCAGUGGUCCUGUCUCUUCUGCAUCAUCGGUCUCUGAUCGUCUCGAUUCCACAAAGUCUAUUUUACGAGGGUUAUGGGCAGAAAUACUCAGUGAGGACCCAGACGAUAUUGAUGACGAAGCAUCAUUUUUCGAUAUCGGGGGGAACUCAGUCUUAGCAUCGGAGCUAGUAUCCUUAGCGAAAAAGAAACAGCAUCUAGGCCUCGAUAUUCAAGAUGUAUUCGAAUACCCAACUUUGCAUGAGAUGGCGGCAAAAUCCCAUCAUCUUGUCCAGCAGUCUGAAGCCGUUGUUGAAAUUCCAAAAUUCUCAAUACUGCGACAUCAAAACACAACCGACGACCAUAUCCGUACGCUUUGCACCAAAAUUGCAAAGAAGUGUUCCAUACACGAGAAUAAUAUCGAAGACAUUUAUCCAUGCUCUCCACUCCAAGAGGCCAUGAUCGCGGUAUCACAAGGGGGCAGGGAUAGCUACAUGACACAGCUGGUUUAUUCCUUAGGUCCUGAGAUAGACAUACAGAGAUUCAAAAAAGCAUGGGAGACGGUUGUUCGCGGGAAUCCGGUCCUGCGUACUCGCAUCAUUCAAGAAUCACCAUAUGGAAUGCUACAGUGCGUGAUCAAAAACGAUGUUCUCUGGGUAGAAUCGCAUUCACUCGAGGCCUACCUGGAAGAGGAUCGCAAGAAAUCUAUGUUCGAAGCAGACAACCUCAUUCGGUUCGCUCUGAUUCGCGACACAAUAUCAUCUACACAAAGAUACCUGGCCAUUACAGUCCAUCAUGCCAUCGUUGAUGCGACGUCCCUUACCUACAUCUUAGAUGAUGUGGUCAAUGUUUACAGUGGGGAUCAGCAUCCCAUUGCUAGGCCUAUGUUCAAUACAUUCAUUCAGCAAAUACAGCAAGUUGACAUGGAUGCCGCCGACGACUUUUGGUCUCGCCAGGUGAACGAGGCCAGCUCUUCACAGUUUCCAUCGCUUCCAGACAAGGAAUUCAAACCGCUCGCAUCCGCUCAUCUCAUCCGAUCUUUUCAGGUUGAUUGGAACAAUCCGAAGUUUAAUAUCACGAAACCCUUGCUCUUAAGAGCUGCAUGGGGGAUCUUGUUAUCCCUUCGAUCACAUAACACUGAUGUAAGCUUCGCAGCUACUCUCAGCGGCCGCUCUGCUUUCGAGGGCACGAUAAAGGAUAUUGCCGGGCCCACAAUCACAGCUGUUCCAGUCAGACAUAACUUUGAUGAUGAUGAAGUUACUGUGGGCAGGUAUCUUCAGCAAAUUCGACAGCAGGCGAUUGACAUGAUGCCAUACGAACAUUAUGGAAGCCUAAAUGUUCGCCGACGCCAUGGAGAUUCGGGUAUCCGGGCCACCGACUUCCAGAAUCUCCUGCUUGUGCAAAUGGACUCCGAGGAUACGAUGCGCGAAACGCUCUCCAAAAUAGACAUAUCUCCUAUAGAAGGGGUCUGUUUGUGGUAUGAUCCCAGAAUCCUUACUGAGCAGUCAGUGGACAUAAUCGCCGCACAAUUCAACACAAUACUUACUCAAUUAUGCCAUGUCGAUCCACAAACUCCAGCACAAUCGUCACCUAAGGCUUUGGCCUUGCGCGCUUGGGACGGGGAUAUGACCUAUGAAGAUUUAGACUAUCAAUCUUCCGUAUUGGCAGGUCACUUAACAUCUCAUGGUGUGGGACCUGAGGUCUUGGUUCCCUUGUGCUUCGAAAAGUCCAAGUGGAUGACAGUUUCCAUUCUUGCAGUCCUCAAAGCAGGUGGAGCUUGGGUACCUCUGGAUCAUAAAUUCCCCAUAGAUCGAUUAAGACAGAUUACAGAAAAAGCCAAAGCGACAAUUAUUGUUUCCUCCAAAAACAUGGCCGGAAAGAUGAAAGCCCUGAUAACAGACAAUGUUAUCAUACCCGAAAUACUCAUGAACGAAGCGGCAACAUCCCGUCAAUCCACAGCACCAGGCUCACUAGAGAGCUCAUCAGCCGGGCCUGAUGACACUGCCUAUGUACUUUUUACAUCAGGCAGUACUGGCGAACCAAAAGGUGUCGUGAUGUCUCACGGAUCUCUUUGCACCGGCAUUAUCGAGCAAGGCCGUGCUCUUGGCUGUAGUUCACAAUGGCGAUCUCUUCAGUUCUCUGCCCACACAUUCGAUCCUAGCAUCAGCGAGGGUCUCAUGACUUUAUGCCAUGGCGGCUGUGUCUGUGUACCGUCUGAAGAAUCCCGUCUAAAUGACUUGCCUGGAGUCAUUCGACAACUGGAAGUGAACUGUGCACAACUAACCCCGUCAGUCGCCCAGGUCAUUGACCCCGAAGAGGUACCAUCUUUGAAAAGGCUUAUAUUUGUUGGCGAAGCUGCCAACAGCGAUAAUGUCAGGAAAUGGGCUGGUAAACUCCAACUCGUGAACGCAUAUGGUCCCACUGAAACCUGCAUAUAUUGCUCUGUCAAAUCCGAUUUUACGCCAAACACAAGUCCAACAUCGGUUGGAAAGGCCUGUGGUGGUAAUAAUUGGAUCGUAGAAUCAGAGGACCACGAGCAGCUUGCCCCGGUUGGUUGCGUGGGUGAGGUUGUCGUCUCCGGUCCCUCACUCGGCAAAGGAUAUCUUGACAAUGAGACGGCAACGUCUGCCGCAUUUGUGACAUGCUCGUGGCUCCGAAACAUGCAGCCCUUUGCAACUUCUGAUAGGAUUUAUCGAACUGGAGAUCUUGCUUUUUAUAAUCCGGAUGGAUCCAUGCAGUUGGUCGGACGAAAGGAUAACCAAGUCAAAGUCCGUGGAAAUCGUGUCGAGCUUGGUGAAGUAGAGCGACGGUUGAGUAAACUAAGCUCACUCACAACAAUCAUGGCCUACGUUCCAAAAGCCGGUCCACUUCAACGACAACUCAUCACGAUACUCUCGUUGAAUGAUAACAAUUUAUCCGCCCGCAAGGAUGGUCCGAUUCGUUUAUCUGAGGCGAUGUCUUCCACAGAUACGAAGUUACUUCUCCAACAGCUGAGAGAGCGACUGUCUCGCGAGGUACCCGAUUACAUGAUCCCAUCCUUCUGGGUCGUUGUGGAUGGCAUCCCAUUGAAUAAUUCCGGAAAACUGGAUCGAAAAGUCGUGAAACAAUGGAUAGAGGCUAUAGACGACUCCCAGGCGGCUUUGAUCACCCAAGAUAUCUUUGGGGAGGCCGAUACAUCCACUGCUCAUAUCCCACAGAAAUAUGUUAAUAUUUAUGAGCCACUACGGCAAGUAUGGAGUGAGGUCCUCGACUUCGAUGCACAAAAGAUCGAUCCACACACUUCUUUUUUCACCUUGAAUGGUAACUCACUUUCGGCCAUCAAGGUGGUCGCAUUAAGCAAAAAACGGGGUUUGAUUUUUACAGUUCAAGAUUUGCUCUUAAGCAGAACCCUUUCGAGAUUAUGUGAGGUGGUUGAAUUAGCCGAAAGUAGUUCAAGUUUGGCGACGGAAUUUUCCCUUGCACCGGCCCAGAAAUACCUAUUAUCUCUGUACGACAAUUCCGUAUCGGAUUUACAAGACCACCGGAGCUCGUUGAUUCAGACACUAAUAGAGCUGCCUCGCACAGCAAUUCAGAGAGCGUUUGACAAGUUGCUUCGGAUCCAUCCGAUGUUACGUGCACGAUUUAUCUCAGUAGAUGGAAACCUGAAGUAUCGAAUAGCAGACCCCGAGGGCUCUUACCGACUAUCGUUCACACAAAGCCGGCCUGUAAGUGAAGGAGAGCAAGACGCCAUCGUCCGCACAGCCCAUAAUAGCAUCGAUCUCGAAAACGGUCCCGUGUUUUCUGCAAACAUUUUUAGAACCGAAGUCGGAUCUUUCCUGUACAUUGUCGCUCAUAAAUUGGUGACAGAUGAACAGUCCUGGAAUAUUAUCCGGGCUCACCUUCAGCGUCUUUUAAUCAAAAGAUUGGAUAUGCGCAUCGAGCCUACCUUCCAACAAUGGAAUAACAAAUUUAGCAGCGUUGUCUCCAAAGUACCUGCUUCUCUCAGACAGCAGGCUGGAACAUUGGAAUUUUGGGGAAUAAACGAGCCAGGGCGUUCAAAGCAAGACGUCAAGCAUCAACUUUCAAUGGACAUAUCAGACCUCCAUCUUUCUACUGGCGCUCUCGAAUAUCCAUCCAUUCGGUCAAUUCUGGACAAAGUCUCAGCAGCUUUUGUUUAUGUCUUUUACCAGGUUUUCACAGACUAUAACCCCUCAAUCCACAUUGAGACUGAUGGUAGACACCUGGCGGCCAAUGGCAUGAAUUUCUCGGAUACUGUUGGGCCAUUUUCAAUAUUUCACCAAGCUUCCUUAUUCUAUACAGACGGACUCACCCAUCAGCCGGCACCAGGUGUAAUCUUGGCUGGAAUCAAGAAGUCACAUGGAAUAUUCAUCCGUCAAGAUGGAGCAAAUUCAACUUAUCCCGAUAUCUGCAUCCAUUAUAAACCAACUCCGAUUGCCAGCGAAUACGAUACUUUCUUCCAUGAAAUCGACAAUUCCGCUCAGUCAAAAGAUUUCCAUUCAGGAUACGGUAUCGUGGAUAUUGCUAUCCAAAUAUCGAGAAAUUUAUUGACAUUUGGUGUUUACUUCAACUCGAAAAUGAAACACCAAGAACCGAUUCUCGACUGGGCAUCGAAAACAAAAGACGUUCUAGAAAAUGCAAAGUUGGAUCCGCUAUUGAAAAAUUUCGACAUUUCCAUUCCAGAAUUUCCAUUGCUGUCGCUUAGUACGGAAAGCAUGAAUAAGCUAAUGCUUGAAAUACUUCCUAAAGUUCCUGGAGGGCUCAGUAAUGUGGAGGAUGUUUAUCCGUGCUCUUCGAUGCAAGUCCACAUGUUGGAAUAUCAGUCUCGAAAUCCUCAUUUGUUUUCUCUGCGAUUGAAUUUUGAGAUUUGCUCAAAGGAAGGGAUCUCUCUGGACUUGAAUCGACUCGAAGAGUCUUGGAAAAUUGUUGUGAAUAACCACAGUAUUUUACGGACCCUCUUCCUGAAAAUAGAGGAGAACAGUGCUAUAGUCCAAGUGGUACUCCGCUCCGUCAGCAAUAUAGUUGAGAUCUGUGAUCCAUUGAGCAGUUAUACCGCAGAAAGCCCAAGUGGUAUCCAGCAUAAUGAUCUACCCUUGCUGAAAAUCUCUCCACUACCGUCAGGAGCUGUGUCUUGCGAAUUAAAGAUCAACCAUGCCCUUACCGACGGGUGGACUAAUGCGCUCCUACAACAAGAGCUUAUACGGGAAUAUCUGAAGCUUGAACAACCUGAGCCUGUUACGUCCUACCGUUCGUUCAUUGCACGCUAUGUGGCCGCUGAUAAGGAGCUCGACAUCAACUUUUGGGCCGAAAAGCUGCAAAACGCCAGUCCAUGCAAUGUCAAGUGCCUUACCCUCGAUCCGGCGCUUGAAAGUCCCAGCUCUACUCCAAUUUCUACUCUGGCUCUACCAAGCACUCGUCGUGAGGACUUUUCCAUCUUCUGCGGUAAACAUGGAGUGACUAUAGCAACUGUUAUUGACCUGGCAUGGGCUUUAACAUUGGAGCUUUUAACAAACAAUAACGAUAUUCUCUUUGGCCACAUUGUUUCGGGACAAGCUCGCAGCAUUCCUGAAUUAAUUACAACUGCUGGUCCAACGUUGAAUAUGUUAAUCAAUCGCAUCAAUCUCGGCUCAAAGAGUAUUCCAGAAAUGGCACAUGAGCUACAGGCCUUCAGACUGGAAGGUCUCAGCCAUGAUUCUUGCAGUCCGUUCGAAAUUGCACAAAGAAUGGGUAAUUUGUCUUUGUUUAAUACGGCGGUGAAUGUUUCUCUAGAUCAACCACCGCCACAAGAAUCUGACCUCUAUGUGAAGCAUAUCAACUUGGAGGAUCCAUGGGAUAUCAAGAUGUCUGUACAUUCACCAGCCCCAACUACUCCGUGGUCCGACCCUAGCCGAAAGGUCAAAGAUGUAGCAGUCGCAGUCACCGAGAAAGACGCUACACGAGAGGUAGAAUGGUACCAGCCUGUGAUGAAAAAACUGCCAUCCAGCACGAUAGAGGUAUUUGUCAACUAUGCUGGACUCGCCGACGAAAAAGAAACUAUUGAACAUAUCUAUGCCGUGCGUGAUAAAGCAUGGGAUGUCCUACCUUACCCAUGCAUCGGACUUUUCCGCUUUCUCGAUUUCAGCAUUCAUCUGUCUCCUAUCUACCACACUGUUGUCGAUCGUCUUCGCAAUGGAGAGACUUUGCUAGAUCUCGGAUGCUGUCUCGGACAAGACUUGCGUAAGGUGGCCUACGACUCCGGGGUCUCCACCAAUCUGAUUGGGGCCGAUAUCGAAGCUCCCUUCCUUGAGCUUGGCUACGAACUUUUCAGAGACCGAGAUCGGUUCCAGGGCGAAUUGCGUGCUGGAAGCAUCUUCGAUGAUGAUUUUUUGUCUGACAAGUAUGGCAAGAUUAACAUGAUUUACCUCGGAAGUUUCCUUCAUCUCUUCAACACAGAGCAGCAAGCUGUCAUUGUUAACAAGCUGGAGAAGCUGCUUUGCCCUGGCCCUGGUGCUCUUGUUUUUGGUCGCAACCUAGGUGCUGAACAAGGGGGCGAGUUCCAUAUGGAGAGUAUUGGGUGGGACCUCUAUCGCCACAGCAAUGAGACCAUGCAGAACUUGUGGGCUAGCACCGGUAAUCGCAAAUGGAGUGUGGAGAGUAGCCUUAGUCGCUAUGGGUCUGUGGCUUGGGAUGACAGCCGCAGAACGUGGCAGGGUGAUGAGACCAAGCAAAUGAUCCCCACCGAGGUCGAUAUUGCUGAUGUUGGUGCUGCAAGAGAAAUUCACAAAGUAGGGGGCCGAUACUGGAAAUCAGAGUGGUAUCGCAGAGUGGUUCCAGUCGGAGUUGAGAAUAUCUUCAGCUCCGUCGACCCCCAAAUUCACGCCAUUCACCGCCGACCACUGUCGGCGCCAAUUGCAGAAGCAAAUCUGAAGCAAUUCGAGCCCAUUAUCGACGAGCGAGUUCAAUUGACAAUUCGCAAAAUCAGGGAUGAGCUUCACACUCGAGGCGCAGCAGAUGUCUUCAAAUGGUUCAAUUUCAUGUCUACUGAUAUCUUGGGCGAAUUGACCUUUGGCGAGUCAUUUCGUAUGCUUGAAUAUGGCAAGAAAAAUCAAUAUUUCCUUGAUAUCCAAAACACGGCAUCUAUGCACCCAAUUAGAACAACCUUUCCUGCCCUCAUGAGAUGGAAUCAGCAUGUUCCAAUUCCGUAUAUUCGCAGUGCAGCCGCCGCCUCAAGAAGACUUGCCGUGUAUGCGGAACAAUCGAUUGAACGAUAUAAAAAUAUGAUUUCGUUGAACCCUACGAACCCGAAACAAACCCUUUUCACGAAGCUGUUUGAUGCCAACGAAAAAACUCUUACCGACCAGGAGAUCCGCUACAACGCACACGCCUAUAUUGUGGCAGGAAGCGAUACCACAGCGGUGACUUUGACGUACCUUGUCUAUGCUGUACUAAAGUACGAGCAUGUCAAGCAGAAGCUUUUGGCCGAACUCGAAACCGUGCCACUGAACAUGUCGGACAAAGACCUCCAGGAUCUUCCAUAUCUAAAUCGAGUUAUCCAGGAGACUUUACGCGUAUAUUCUGUGGUACCAUCAGCUCUUCCACGAGUUGUUCCACCUGAAGGAGCAACCUUGGUCGGAUAUCCACUACCAGGUGGCACAGUGGUCUCAACUCAGGCAUACACGUUCCAUCGGGAUCCAACAAUCUGGACCAAUCCAAAUGAAUUUGAUCCUGACCGGUGGAUAAAUCCCACUAAAGAUAUGAAGGAUGCAUUCCUUCCGUGGGGUGCUGGGUCUCGCAGUGCCGCUUUGUUCUUUCGCAAUUUCCCCAAUGCUCGACUCACGACAAAGGAAGGUUUCUCGGACCGGGACAUGGAUCAGGUCAUGUUCUUCCUAAUGGCUCCAAAGGGACAUCGACUUCUUGUCGAAGCCUAG